ACUGCCUGCGUCGGAGAGUAUACGCGUGGUUUAUAUACAAAUCUAGUGAGUUUGUCAGUUAGUGUCCGCGGGAGAUUUAGUGGUACCUGUGCUUGACUAGGACUGGAUUACUAUCUGGACGUUCAAGAUGACGUCGUUCCUCGUCCUUUUGCUGGUCAUGGCCCAAAUCUACAAGGCAUCUAAUCUACCAAACCAUUUGAAAAUAUCAUCAAAAGACGUAACACCAGUCACUCCACUAAUUAUCGAACACCCGCAGCCGAAUGCAAUACCAGAAACGAAAACAAGAAAAAAAAAAGGUCCAACAAUACCACUGUCGUUACAGUUCCAACACCAAUACUUGGUUCCAAAUCUACAUGUGAUACCGUUAGGUAACGUCCAACAUAAUAGGCACGAUGGUAACUUAACACACACAAAUUUGAUCCAAGUAUUGAUACCAAUUCAUAACUUGGUUCCAGUUCACGACUUGACAGUUAUUCCAUUGCAUAGAGUUAGCGAGCAAAAGAUCUCGUACCGAUUGAAUGAUGAGCAAGAUGACGACCGAUACAGGAAUCCAUUGGGCGGUUAUGGAGUCGGCUGGAGGUUCGGUGGUCACGGCGCUGGCCACGGAUUUCAUUAUUCGUACGGUUAAAAUUACUCACAGUUUAUUUUAAUGUAAUAAAUUAUUUAUUUUUAUAUUU